AUGGUUGUGGUCAGUCCUUCAGUGCAGCCACAGCGGUCCCAGCCGCAUUCUGUUUCUAGGAAGGGCGGCAAGCUUGCGCAGGGGCAGAAGCGGAAGUUUGAGGAUAUGCAGAGAUCGAGGUACAGUGGUCCGAGAUGUUUUGGGUGUGGUAGCAGGGACCACAAGGUGACCAACUGUCCGCAGAGAGGUGAGAAGAGGGCAGUGAUGGAGCAGCGGGCGGUGAUGGAGCCGCGGACAGAUACUCGGGUGUGUUACUACUGCAGGGAGACGGGGCAUAUGAAUCCUCGUUGUCCCAAGUUGCAGCAGAUGGCAGUAGCAGCGGUGCAGGCUGGGGGUCAGCCAGGAGUGCCGCAGGGUGUGCAGCCGGUGGGUUGGAUCGAGCCGACAUCACGGGUGUACUCGACUGUAGAGACCGGUGGCACUAGCGCGGGAGCGAUCACAGGUAUAACUUCUGAGAUUCGAACUUGGUCAAUUCAUUAG